AAACGAAACAGAGUUCUACCUUGUUAAUAACGAAGACAGCUUUUGCUUAGGUGUAUCGAGCCCAAAAGAUAAAAAAGAAACGGAAAAGAAAAGAAGACGGUCAAAAUUGAAUCCUGAAAACUUCGACGAAGCGCAACGACCCAUUUGGAAAUUACAAUGUUGCAGUCACAGGCAUUCUCAGCUGCCCAAACCGCACGCGCUCCAAUACCCGCCUCACGGAUCCAUCCCACGUGGCUCAAUCUCCACCGUCCAUCAACAGCAGCUUUCACUUUCCCGGCGACUCGGCCUGUCGUACCGACAAAUCUCCGGCUAUUCCCAAAUGUUAGGAGAUGCUAUGCAUCGCUAUCGCCAUUGGACAUCAAAGCUGGCAAAGGAAUGAGUGAGUUUCAUGAACUUGAGCUUAAAGUACGCGAUUACGAGCUUGAUCAAUAUGGUGUGGUGAACAAUGCUGUUUAUGCAAGUUAUUGCCAACACGGCCGUCAUGAACUUCUUGAAAGACUUGGUAUCAAUUGCGACGCUGUUGCUCGGACUGGUGAUGCAUUAGCAUUGUCAGAAUUGUCAAUCAAAUUCCUUGCACCUCUAAGAAGUGGAGACAAGUUCGUUGUGAAGGUAAGAAUCUCUGGCUCCUCGGCUGCUCGCUUAUACUUUGAGCAUUUAAUCUUCAAGCUGCCAAAUCAAGAGCCUAUUUUGGAAGCAAAGGCCACAGCAGUUUGGCUUGAUAAAAACUACCGUCCUGUUCGGAUACCACCUGAGAUGAGAUCUAAACUUGUUCAAUUUCUCCGUCACGAGGAGUCUAGUUGAGUUUAUGCAAACAUGAACUUUGGCAGAAGUUUUCUUUGCCAGCCAGCAGCCCCUACAAUUAGAUUUCUACUAUCCAUAGGAAAAGAAGAUAGGAGGGACAGUAUUCCAGAAACAUAAGGACAUUACAAAGAAAUUCACCAUUGUUAUUGUUAAAUUAGGGUUAAUCCUAAGGACAUUACAAAGAAAUUUACCAUUGUUAUUGUUAAAUUAGGGUUUAUUCUAUUUUUAGUGCCCUAAAUUAUAGGACAAAUCCCAUGCUGUAGCUGCUUACUCCAUUUUUUUCCCCCUCUCCUGCCAACAGAUGUUUUGCAUAUCAGAUUCAGUUAUUUGCCAUAAAACUAUAAUAGAAUCAAGCAUUUUUAAUUAGCAGACUCCCCAAAGUUAGUUUUUAGGUUUUCUUUUCUUCCUUUGAACUUCUCUAGACCUCAAGAUGGAGCCAGGUGUGAAUUUACUGCCUGCAAUCACACUUACACCAAACUCCGAAGUUACGACAUCGUUAGAAUCAGUGAUUUUUUGUUUUCUUUUGUUUCCGACAUGUAAUUAGAUCAAUAUAGAGAUAAUAUUUACACGGGAUUCCAAUCGAAAAUGGCUUGUGGUUGUUCUCCAAGAACUCAAGCAUCGAUGGCCAAUCUCGUAGCUGGACAUGCUUCCUUUUAAGGAUUUUCCUUCCAAUA